UGGCAAACUUUGUUGUUAGUUCACCUCCCUAGUUUGCCACUGUUUCAUAAAACAAGACCCCACUUAUUGCAAUGAUAGGUUUUGAUUUAUUUUUCCUGAAUCAUUUCAGUAAUUAAGACAAGUGGGUUAUUAAACUUUAUGUAGAAGAUCAGGCAAUGCCAACAAUCGUUAAUCUCAGAGAUACAAACUAUGAACCAUAUUGGAACGGAGGGACUCAUAAGCUAAAGGAUGAUGAAAAGAUCAAAGUAAUCCAGAUGAUCAAAUGGUCCCUGCUAUCAAACUUUGUAUUUUGCAGUCUAUACCUGUUUUACCUGAUUUAUUACUGGGACACUCUUUGAGUGCAAGAAAUAAAAUACCAAAUUUGUGGCUUUUUGUUUUUAAUCUGAUUCAGAAUUCCUAUUGGCACUAUGUAUUGUAUUUAUGUCAAGAAGAGGGAUAGAGAUCAUAGAGGAAUCUGGAGGGCAUAUAGUGCUAUUAAGAUCAUUUUCUGUGUCUGGAUGACAUACUGCUUUUAUCCUCUUUGUUCUGCUUUAAACUGAAAGUCGAACCUUAUGAUAUCUCCUCUUAUACUCUAUUGAAUAUACUCCUUCUUAAAUCUGAUUUUAUUCUUGAUCCUCAGCAUGAGAUCAUGGGCAAGAAAGCUAAGUGAAGAAGACGAGAAGCAAAUAAUUGAAAUGGAAUUACCAGAGAUGGAAGAUACACCAAUCCAUAGUCCUAAAGCCCAUCUCAGGUUUGAGCCAGAAGCAAGGAGACUGCCUAUAUCUGACUCUAUCGUGUAACCUCUUCACCUAAUUCUCAUCAAUUCUGUAAUAUCCUUCAACUUGAUAUAAUAAAGCUCUGAUUAACAAGCUGGCCAUC